UAUAUCGCCUUGAAGCUAUUUUAACUCAGGUAAGUGAAGUUACUGUGAAGAUGCCUCUACUCGGUAAAAUAGUGGUGAUUAAGAGAAAUGGCACAGACGGAACGGAAUUCCCACUCACAGCAUCCUGUCUGUUUGGCAGGAAGCUGGACUGUGAUAUUCGGAUCCAGUUGCCACAGGUUUCCAAGGAGCACUGCCGAAUUGAGCUGAACGAAAACAAAGAGCUCAUUUUGACCAACCUGAGCUCAGUGAAUCCCACUCGUAUCAACGGUGAGAUUCUGCAACAGUCCGAACGUUUAAAAGAUGGAGAUCUAAUCACAAUUAUUGAUCGUUCUUUCAGGUUUGAGUACCCACCUCCACCGACUCCGAAGAAAAAGAGGUUGUCCACUCCUAGGAAAAGUGAAGCUAUCAAGGUUUUACAGGACCAACAGGUAAAAAGCAGCCCUGCUUCUACAGAAAAGAAGUCUGAACACUUGUCAGAUACUUGCUUGAAAGAUGGAUCCAACCUGCCCACUCAGGACCAGAGCGCUGGAGAUGCCAAAACAAACACGGAGAACACAUCUUCUCCCUUCUCCGACCUCUACAAUAUGGUCAAACGAGAUCUGGCCACGAAACCACAGUGGAAAUCUGCAACACUGUCUAACACACCUACCUCAAAGCUUCCAGUCAACAAGGAGGAACCUAAAAAGGUUUCAGCCUCUGGUACGGAGAAUGAACAUCCAGUGACCCCACAAUCGACCAAAAAGAGGCGAAGAUCCUCAAGCGCCAAGUUUGUCAAUGGCAGUGAUGUCAUUGAGCUUUCAGAUCAAGUGGAGAACCUUGCUGCAGAUGUGAAAAUCGCCUCCCCGGCUGUUCAGAAUGCAGCGGAGAAGCAGAAGAGACGCUCGCAGAGCCUCGGCACUCCCGUCUCUCAGAAGAAAACUCCUCAGACAACACCACAGAAGUUCACUGCUCAAGAAGUGGCCCAGCAAAUUGCCUUCGAGAGUCCGAGCACCAAGCAAACGCCCAAGUCUCCCAAAUCUCCCAGGAGAUCCAGCCCCUCUGAAAUCCCUGCAGUCACGCCGGAGGAACAGACCACCCCCAAGAAUCCCUCAGAACCCACCGAGACUCCGGAAGCUCAAGCCAAACCGGCCAGUAGGACCUCUCCAAGAGCAAACGCUGGCAAGAGGUUCCAAGUCCAAGAUGUUCUGAAUGAGAUUGUGUCCACAGAUGAUUCUGACGACAAUGUUGAUGGCCAGACUUCCAGUAAGAAGCACAAGAGGAACAACCUGCCCCUUCCUGCAGCCAAGAGAAAACGAGUGUCCUUUGGUGGUCUGCUCAGCCCUGAGCUGUUUGACAAGCGUCUACCACCCGACUCCCCACUCAGGCGUGGAGCGACACCUGGGAGGCGCAGCUUAAGUUUUUUCCCGAAGCCCCAGUCCUUACUCAGACGAGCGUCCACCAUCGGCCUAAUGGGUUUCCGUUUUGGCGAGAAAGUUCCAGAGAGCCCUGUUAAAUCUGCCUCGCCUAAACGGUUGGCGAAGACUCCGUCUCCAGCGAAGAAGUCCCCAGCCACAAAGGCUAAAACUCCAUCUCCAAAAACACCCAAAACCUCACCCAAGACCCCAGCGUCCUCCCCCAGGCCUGCUUCACCCAAGACCCCAGCGGCCUCCUCCAAGUCGGCCUCGCCCAAGACCCCAGCGGCCUCCUCCUCCAGGUCCGCCUCGCCCAAAACCCCUAAAUCUGCUAGCAAGGUCUCAAAUAGUUCACUUAACACGCAAUCUAAAAGCGAAGGGUCCCUUCUCAUGACACCUACUACGCAUGGUCGGUUUUCAGUCUCCAUUAUCAGCACCCCAUCCCCUGUCGCCAAUCAAGAGAAGGUAGUGGAAGAAGAGUCUGUUCCUGUAGUUGAAGAGCCUCAGAAAUGUGUGACCCCCAAGAACCCUGUUAGGAGGAGAAGCAGCUUGAGGGCAUCGAGUCGGAAGACGCCAAUGAGCUCCCUGAAGAACAUGGUGCGGUCCCGCCGCAGUGGAGCGUCACUAGCUAAUUUAAAAGUUCUCAGUUCCUGGGCGGACAUUGUGAAGUUUGGACAGGCUAAAUCUCAGAUGGAAGGUGGUGCUAAGAAGACGACUAGCAAGCAAAAAGCAGCCAAGCAGACCAAAGUGAUAAAACCUAAGACUCCUGCACGCCGACUGCUGGAUCAUCCCAGCACUGGACAUGCAGACUCUCCCGCCACCAUUGUAGUGGGCAAAGCUUAUCUGAGGUCCACCCACCCUGUUGGCGCUGCCCCUAAAGUGGUAUGCAACCUUGCUCUGAGGAAGGAGGACAUGAAAAUGGACGAGGAUCUAACAGGUGUUGCCGAUAUUUUCAAAACUCCAGCUAACAGCAGACGGAAGAGUGCUAUUAAAAACGGGACUGAGUGUACGCAAACUCCGGUUGGAGGAACCGCUGUGCCUGAUGAGAUGUCAGUGAUGAUGACUCCUGAGGAAUCUGGUGAAAUGAUGGUGUCUCCAUUAAGUGUUGCCUCCACCGCCAAAUGUCAAGGUUUCAACUCUGAAGCUGUAACUAGACUACUCCAGGAUGACCAGAAUGGUAGCUUAAUUGAGGAAAUGAAUACCUCAGACUCCUCUGCAUUAGAAGCUCCAAUACCUUCUGCAUUGGAGUCAUCCAGUGAGGACCAGGCAGAAGCUCAAGUUACAGUGCAAACGCCACAACGCCAGCCAGAACCUUCAGAAUGCCUUACAGGAGUCAAAAGACUAAUGAGAACGCCCAAGCAGAAGGCCGAGCCUAUUGAAGAUCUAAGAGGCAAGUUGCUCAAGACUCCCAAAGAGCCAAAAAAUCCUCAGGAGGAGAGCCUGGAAGGUCUUAAAGAACUCCUUAAGACGCCAAAACAAAAAGUGACUCCCGUAGAGGACAUGGCUGGAUUAAAGGAGUUGAUGACGACUCCAGUGGUUAAGCAUAGCCCAGAUGUGGCCCAGAGAAGAUCUGCAAAGAGCCCUGAGGACAAAACUGUGCAAGAUGAAGACCUUACUGGAGUGACACAACUGAUGAAGACCCCUAAUGUCAGGGGAGCACCUGUUGAAGAUUCCUUUGGGGUCAAGAGAUUGCUGAGAACUCCCAAAGAAAAAAAUGAACCUGUUGAAGAUCUGACAGGCAUCCAGCAGAUGAUGAAGACUCCUAAGCAGAAGAGUCAACUUGUUGAGGAGGACUUGACUGGCAUUAAACAGAUGAUGGAGACUCCCCAACAGAAAGUCCAACCUACUGAAGUAGAUCUUACUGGUGUUAAACAAAUGAAGACUCCCCAACAGAAAGCCCAACCUGCUGAAGUAGAGCUUACUGGUGUUAAACAAACGAAGUCUCCCAAACAGAAAGCCCAACCUGCUGAAGUGGAUUUGACUGGCAUUAAGAACAUGAUGAAGACUCCCAAGCAGAAGAGCAAACUUGUUGAAGAGGACUUGACGGGCAUUAAACAAAUGAUGGAGACUCCCAAACUAAAAGCCCAAUCUGCCGAAGUAGAUCUGACUGGCAUUCAGAUGACAAAGACUCCCAAACAGAAAGCCCAACCUGCUGAGGAAGAUCUGACUGACAUUAAACAAAUGAUGAAGACUCCCAAACAGAAAGCCCAACCUGCUGAGGAAGAUCUGACUGACAUUAAACAAAUGAUGAAGACUCCCAAACAGAAAUCCCAACCUGUUGAGGACAUGGUUGGUAUAAGGAGGUUACUUAGAACCCCCAAGGAAAAACAGCAGCCAGUCGAAAAGGACUUUGAGAUUGGCAAACUGAUGAAGACUCCCAAGCCAAGUGCAGCUGAAGUGGUGGAUGAUUCGCAGAACCUGGCAGAACAUGCUGAGGAAGCAGUAAGCAAGUCAAGUGCUUGUUUGACUGAGAUGGUACAGAUGGACAAGAACGAAUCACUUGAGGUACAUCCUGAAGACAAGGAAAACAUCUGUCCAGUCGAGGACAUGGACACUGAAGCAGCUGGUGGUGUCCAGAACAUUUCACAAAUUAAUGUAGAAGAUGCUGAAACCAAAACUAGCCAGGAUGUGGAAGAGGUCACCUCAGUUGAACAAAACGCACAGGAACCCCAGGUUGAGUCUGAUUCUGUGGAGGGCAUGAUCGAGGAAACUGUUGUCCAUGCCGUGGAGUCUUCUCAGGUUUCUGCCCCUGUGAAAGGAAGACGAGGAAGAGGCAAGGCCAUUGCUGACCUGGUAGAGGAUAUCCCUACCCAGAGUCCUGCUAGAAAGUCCACCAGAGGAAAAACAUCAAAGACAGAGGUAAAGAUAGCACUUAAACCCAGGAGAGGAAUGAAAUCUGAAGAUGUUAAACCAGUUGUAAACAUAGAGGACUCCAAGGCUUCUGAGCCUCUUACCUCUCUGAAGUCACCAGCCCCUUCUAAAGCCAAGAGAGGACGGAAAGCCGAACAAGAAUCUGAAAAUCAGUCCAUCAGCACAGUAACAGAAGAACCAGAAGCUGUAGUUGAUAAGCCAGCUGUUAGAGCAAGGAGAGGCAGGGCAGCAAAUAAGGAAACCCAGAAGACGGUACAACCUGAGGAUCCUAAACCAGCUCCAGUUAAUGACGAGUCAAACCUUCAGCUCUCUGAAGCUGUAGUAAAUGAGCGUGAACCUGAGGCAUUAGCAGAGAUUGAGGAACCUGUAAAGUCAAACACAAGGUCAAGAAGAGGCAAGGUGACCACGAAGAAGUCUCCACGUACAGAACCAGUUGAGGACUCUGAAACUGCCACCGUUAAUGAGUCUGACACGACGAGUUCAGAGGCAGAAAGGACACCUGAACCUGUAGACGAGGCAUUACGAGUGAGUGCUGAACCACAGCCUUCAGAGACUGAAGCUCCUGCGAAAGCCAACUCAAGGUCACGAAGAGGCAAGGUAGAAAAGAAGGGAAUUUCAAAGGCAGCACCAGUUGAAGCACCUGAGCCAACCACUGUUAGUGAGGACCCUGACAAAAGCUCUGAAGCUGUAGUUGUUGCAGUGCCAGAGAAUGCAGAGCCUGAUGCACCUGUGAAGUCCAACACAAGGUCAAGAAGAGGCAAGGCAGCAAAGCAGGAAACACCAAAGACACAAAUUGAGAACGUGUCUGAAUCCGUCUCAACAAAUGAGGAGGCUGCCGUGAGCUCUGAAACUAGACUUAAGUUAUCAGCAGAGACUGAGCUUCCUGUAAAAUCCAACGCAAGGUCAAGAAGAGGCAAGGCCAAUACGAAGGAAUCCUCAAAAACUGAACAAUUUGAGGAAACUAAUUCUGCCCCAACUAUUAAGGCAGACAUCAAAAGACCUCAAGGUGACGUUGAUGAGGCAGUACCAGUAAGUGCUGAAUCUUCAGAGGCUGAGUUUCCUUCCAGUUCCAACUCAAGGUCAAGAAAAGGCAGGACCAUGCAAAAGAAAGCCUUAAAAACAGACCAAGUGGAAAAAACUGUGGAAGCCACUCCAGUCAAUAAAGAGUCCGACAAUGAUAAUGGUGAUGCUGUAGAGGUGAAGCCUGGCCGUGGAAGGAGAGCGAAACUAGUGUCUUCAAAAGACCAUGAAGUUGAUGAGCCUCGUGCCGAAGGCAUUGCAGCAGUCACUGACUCUGCUGAACCGGUGGUGGAAUCUGUGGUAAAAAAUGUCCGAGGAGGACGGAGAGCAACUCAGCCCAAAGGUCAAGUUUCAGAAAAAGCCCAGGAAAAAGUUCAAGCCGUGCCUGAAAAUGACAGUGAUGAGGUUCAGCGUUCAGAUGCUCCUGCUGUCAAAUCAACUCGAGGAAAAAGGACGGCGACUGUCAGGGUGGAACCAGAGGUUCCAGUGAAAAGAGGACGCCGUGCAGCUGCAGCAGAAGUUCCUGCUCCAGUAGUCAAGCCAAGCCGUGGCAGGAAAGCUGCUGUAAAACCAGAGGUGAAAGAAAUUACAGAUGAUGCCCCUGCAGCAGUCGAGGAGACCAACCAAGUGACCGAACCAGUUGUUGAAACUAAGCCUGCACCAGCAGAAGACUCUGAUAGUCAUGACAAUUCCAGCAUAAAGGUGUCAGCUAAGAGAGGAAGAGGAAGAGCUGCUAAGACUAAUAAAGCUUCAAACAAGGACGCCUCUGUUAAUGAAGCCGAGGAACCAGCAGCUACUGACGCUCACACUGACCAUGAGGGUAAAGUUUCAAAGAAAGCUGUCAAUUGGAACUCUGAUCUUGUGACCUGGAAGAACAUCGGAGAGUUUAAGCCUCCUGCUGAGGAAGAGCCUAAACAAAAGUCGCAGGAAUCAGCAGACCCUCCUGCCAAGGGCCGCAAAGGAAGAGUCACAAAGAAGCAAGAAGAACCAGAGAAGCCAAAGCCAACUGUUGAAGAAAAUGUUACACCAGUCAGGAGAGGAAGAACCGGUGCUUCAGCAGUUUCUAAACUAAAUGAAGCUGUUGUCCUAAAAAGAGGACAGAAAAUAAAGGAGGUAGAGGUUGGAGCUGAGGAAACACCGGUCGUGGAGUCUUUACCAAAGAGGCGAAGAGGAAAGGCAGCUGAUGCAAAAACACCAGCCAAGGAGGUUGAAGAUAUCGCUGAAGUGGAGGCAGAAGAAACCAAACCUGCUUCUAUGACACAUGAAAAACCUGCAAGAGGCAGAAGAAAAGCAACUCCGGAAACCCCUGCUGUCCGAACCCAGGCUGAGGAUCCAGCGGAAGAGGUAACCACUCGUCGAGGGACCAGAGCUCAUAAGAAGGAGGAAGCGGACGUCGCUUCAGCUCCCGUGAGGCGGACAAGGAGGAAAUAAAGCACUGAUCUCAUUGUAAAUAAUCUUAAGGCAUGAGUGAUGUUUUUAUAUAUGGGGACCAUGUGAUUAUGCUAACGUUUGUACUUCUCUGGUCAGUUUAAUGUUCCAUUGCAAAACUUGAUUAAGUUGCUGGUCUUUUUUAAAUGUCCUUUUCAAAAGUUUCAGAUUUAUUUUUUUAAGCUUGGGCAGCUCGAGGCGGUUGACAUUUCCAUGUUGUCGUGUUUUUAUCCUUGCUUAGAAAGUCCUGAAAUGUUGAGCUCUUGUAAUCGAACCUUAAAUUUUAUUCUGUUUUGUAUUUGAUAAACAAGUGAAACGUUUAAAAAAAAAAAAAUUGAGGAUUUGAAGAAUGGGUGACUACAAAUGUAACUUGUAUUAAACAAAAUGGCAUUUUGUUUUGGAAAACCUGGUGUUUUCAGCAAUAAAAUCUUUUACCUCA